GCCGCUGCCAGCGCUGCAGUGUGGUGCAGGGUCUUAGAUUCGGUGAAAGCGCCAGAACUGCCAUUGGAUGUCGUUGAGGAAAGAAUGCAGGCCUUACAACAGCGCCUGCUGCGUUUCGCUGCAACUGGGGGCGAUCCCAGCGCUGCCACGCUGAUUAUGGUGGAGACUAGCAACCUCUUGGACUUCCUUGGUCUGCGACAUCACCCGGCCUCGUCAUCUCUUCGCAGCUGCGUGGGCGAGCUCUCCAAGCGGCCACAGGGACGCAUGGUCGCCCUGACGGACGCGGUGAAGGUGGUGGCAGGUCUCCGACAAUUCAUCGAUGCGCUGUACGGCGAUGCGAAUCACACCACAACCAUCCAGGACCAGCACCUGAUGGAAGCCCUGGGCUGCGCCUGCGGACCGGGCUGGCAGGGUCGAUGUGAAGAGAUUUUGCAGCGGCGUGAGUGGUCCCCCGAAAACUACUUGGAGGAGGAGGAUGAGACCGUUCAACGUGCUCGCGCUUGGCUCAACUCGCGCGGUCUCUGCGAUACUUCGCCGGCGGCCUUGGAGCAGGGCGAGGUGUCCACGAGUCCGCUGCGAGACCCCCAGCUGCCCACGGCCUCCCAACGCCGCUCCUCCCGGCGCCCCACGGCCACCACGCCGACACCGAAGCGCGCGCCGCGGCCGUGGGCCGCAGAGGUGAGACGACAGGAAGCCAUGAGCGAUCGGCUCAAGGCCAAAGCCUGUGCCGAAAAAAUGCCAUUGCCAUGUCCUGACGCAGUGAGGCGAGCACAGCAACGUGCCAAGAAGAUACAGCUGAAACAGGCUGAGGAGGAGGCGUUGAAGCUGGAACAACGUCUUUACCAUGGUCAACUGGUGGCGGCCAAAACCGCGGAGCUCUUUCGAGAGCGGGAUCAGCGACGUGUUCGCAGUGCUCGCAGCGUGUCCAGAGAAAGGAAGGACCUGACUGGGCGUUCUUUGCUGGACAGCCACCGGGAGAGACCUAGGUGGUGCGCGCCGGCGCCUGAACCCUGUCCCGGCCAGUGA